AUGUUGAACUUCUCCUCCGUCCAUCUCUCCACCACGCCGCUCAAUCUCAUCACCACCAGCACCUACGAUCUCUCGUUCCAAGGCCUGUUCCGCGGCGCGUCGGACCGCACUGUGCUGUACAAACACUCGUCCUAUCGAGGAACGACGCAGAAGACGACGAAGAUCAUUCUGAAGCCGAAGAAAUCGUACCGAGUCCUCUAUCAAGGCAACAAUCCGUUAGUGAAGGAUCUAAUCGCCAUUAAGAAAUACUAUCUGCACUACGACGCUCAGCACUCCAAAGACAAACAGCACAAAUGUCUGGUGACGUGUUUUGUCACCGACGACGGCACCAUCGACAUCAAGUUCUUCUGGGACGACACCAAAGAGCCCAUUCGCUACGACGUCUUCGACGUUUCCGAGAGCGAGGCCUCCAUCAUCCAGCAGCAAAACCAAGCCAGCACGCGUCUCUACGAGAUCUUCGACUCGGACGGCGUCAGUCUCUCCCACUCGCCUCGCCUUCACGAUUCUUCUCCUCCUUCUCCUUCCUCCCGAUCGCCGCGUUCUCACUUCCUCUCCACCAUUCCCGAAACCGGAAGCGAUUUCCUCAACCCCGGCUCUUCCCAGAUGUCCAUUCCUCUUCCUCCUCCUCCCUCUCCGCCCUCUCCUUCCUCCUUCCCCACCGGAUUCGACUUCGCUCCCUCCACGCCCUUCGAUUUCGACGCUCAUCCCGUCCCCGACUUCGACGCCGACGCUGACCUCGACGCCGACGGGCUCCUUCCUCCGGAGCUCCCGCCCGUUCCCGCCUCCGACGGCGCUCCGGAGGACAGCAUCUUUCGCUCCGGACCGGUCUCCUUCAGUCUUAGCAGCUCCUCGCUGCGGAUGAGCGACAUCCAGGACGUCGCCGGCGUCGCCGCCUUCGAUCCCUCCAGCGUCCCUCGCCAGAACAACGCGCACCACUUCCACAUUCAGCCCAUGAAUCCCGCCUCCGAGGUCCUGCAAGCCCCCAAGAUUCCUGAGAUUCCCGCGGUUCCUGAGGUUCCUGAGGUUCCUGAAAUCCCCGAAAUCCCCGAAAUCCCCGCGAUUCCCGAGGUCCCGAAAGCUCCGGAAAUCCCGCGGAUCCCGGAAAUUCCGCCGCAGCCGCGCUUUGAUUUCUCGGGGACGGCGAACUCGCUGGAGGGGAGCCAGGGAGAGGUGCGCUCGUUCGGAACGAUCCCGCUGUUCGACACCGUGGAGGAGUACUGCGCGGUGAUCAAUCGGCUGAAGAGCCAGGUGCGGAAGUUGCUGGAUGGACGAUGCAUGUUGAAGCAGGCGGACUUCUCAAGGCCGCUCGCGGAGAUUAAUCGGUGGCUGAUGAGUCCGAAGAAACAAAUAUCGGAUGCGGAGAAGAUGCUAGUUAGCGUGAAUUCGAUCCUCUCCCAAUUGGAGAAGUACUAGUUUUCGUGUAUUAUCAAGUAAUGUGUUGUUGCUC